AUGCGUUCCCCACUACUCUUCUUGCUCUGCGCAUUCAUGUCUUUGGCAUUCGCUGCUGAAGUACAUAUGUCGGGAAACAGAGCGCCUACCUCUCAAUUCGCAACACAUGGUGUCGCAUCCCAAUUACCUUGUCGCGACCAGGCCAUUUACGUUCAGGAUCGCGUUCGCUCUCGACAAGCCGCCCUAUCACAAAUGCUUGGCCACAGCGCAAAAGUCUCCCUCGUCGAAACCGCUUCCGUAAAUGUCAAGGCUUUCGCGCAUGGCGGAAUGAGUUUCCUCUUCGGCUUGGCUUCAUCCUCCAACGACGUUCUCGACUACAUCAACAACGGCACCACAUCUGUGUUCUCGCGGAGCGUCGCUAGCGAAGAAGGCAGCGCGGCCUCAGGGCGAAAGCACGUUGCUUACACCAGCAUCGCACUCGUCCUCGUCAUGCUCUUCUUCGCUGUGUGGAUGUGA